AUGUCAUCUCACCUCGUCUCACCCCGCCUUACCUCUCACCUUGGCUCACUUUUCAUCACCUUGCACCACGGCUGCCACCACCAAGGAAGGAUGGACGACAUCUGCUCGUCCGACGUCGAAUACGAUGAGCCGGUCAAUCGUUUUGCCAAUGCCGGCAAGGUCAGCAUUGUUAAGAUGCUUGAGCAUGCCUUUGAGGACCGUAUGGCGUCUAAGAAGCAGGUUAAGACUCUCGGGUUCAGUAAAGGGACACCAGCUACGCAGUACAAUCAUACGCUUUGGUGGAACCGCGUUUCACAGUUCAUGCAAGCUACUCUCAACAAAGGACCAAAUCAUGUGCCCACCGGCCUGGACCUUGAACGCUUCUUCAGCUCAAUUGUCAGCCGCGUCAAGCCUAACAAUCCCAUCGGCGUGCCUUCCUAUACAUGGAUGAAGUCCGGCAUACGGCUGACCGUUGAAGUGUGCAAAUUUCACCACAAGACUUUCAUUCUAGACGGGCACGACAUCGUUCGCUUAGGCAGUCUUGUCGACAAGCUAUGCCAGGAGGGAAAGCUGACGCGUGAGCCUGCUUUCGAGAGGGAAUGGGCAGGUGCCGUCGUUGUCCGCAAGCUGGUGAACGGGCUUAUAGCCGAUGCUCGUGUCAACGGUACACUAGCAUGGGACGUCACUUUGCUCAAAUGCCUGUCAAUUACGCUCCUCGCAGCAUUAGGCGCACGCUCUGGCGACCUGACCCGCAACAGGUUGGACGAGCAUGACCUUCCCUACCUCGCGUACCAGGACGUUAUACUCCGCCUAGUCCCAGGCGGCUCAACGAUUGACGACAUGGAAGCUGUCGUGACUAUACGCAACGAAAAAGGGAACAAGCUCAAUCCCGCACUCAGGCGCAUGGUUUUGCUCCGAGCAUUAAAGUCCCCAGAGGACGCAUGCAUUUGCCCCAUCAAGUUGCUCGUCACGUUGGCCCUCCGGCUAGGCAAUGUUGAAGAACGAUCGAUAGACGAGCUCAUCGACCACACUCGGCGUAGAGGAACACGAACGGUGAUAUGGAAGCACCCUAGGCGCCCGGUCAUUCCCAAACUAAGCAAGCGCGGCAGAUGUGUAUUGCCGGACGACCCUGCUGACGUCAACCAAGCUACCAAAGCUGUCCUGCCUCUAGCUUGUCGAGUCUCUGGGUUCUUUGAGCGACUCCGGAGUCACGAUCUGCGGCGUGGUGCUGCCCGAGAUGCGGCAAACAUCUCUGCCAAGGUCCACGGAAUAUCGGGAUCACUGGCGGGAGCAGUACUUGGUCACUCGAAGAAGGGCAAGCAAAUGACUGCACAUUACGUUGGGAACAUGGCUGUCGACAUCUGGAGCCUGCGCACCGACGAGAAUUGGGUCGACCCGUUUGACCGCAAGGAAGUAGCAGAGAUGCCAUAUCAAGCCCCAUUCAAGUACAAGCCCACAUCACUUAUCACGGACAUUUGUCGUGUCGAGGGUCUGGACGAGACAAAGGUCUCAGACCGUCUCAAGGCGGGGGUGUUGGCCGAGAAGCGGCGCCAGGGCAUGUGGGUCCAGCAAGAACGCGAGAAGAGGCUCCGUCUCUCGCCCGACCUCGCCUUGAUUCAGGGAUCUCCGGGUCUCGAGACCGCCCAGACCGAUCUUCAUAGGGAUGACGGUGAAAUCGAUCAACAGGAAGAUGUAGAGGCACAAGCUCAGGCGAUGGAUAUCGGCAACUUCAUCUGUGGCAAUGGCGACGGGGGCCCCAGCAGCCACCAAAUCGACGAGCUCAUGCUGGACACCCUCCAGGGCCACGAUGGUCUGCAAGAAACGGGUGCCACGCGGUCCGCGUUGGACUUUGUACGUCACUUUUCCACAGUCAACAUCACCGCCAACCAGACCUUCUCACUGGAAGGCAACAAAUGGAAGGACAUUGCGCGAAUUCAAGGCAACAGCCGUGACCCGCCUACCAGCUUUCUCUAUGCGUGCAAGAACCAUGUCUAUGGAUGUCCCUUCAACCAUAGGCACCGGGCUACACUUGCUGAACAGCACGAGCUUACAUGCCCGUACAUCAACCACGAGAUCGGAGUCGAGCUUGCCGCACAAAAAGCUGUGGAUCGGCUUGUCAAAUGCACGACCUCCGGUUGCGACAAGACCUUUGUCGACGAGAAGAAGCUCAAAUCGCAUGUCAGUAACGUCCACGGAUGGCCUAGGAUGUGCGCAAAAGCUGAGUGCAAAGCCGGUCCAUUUCCCGACAUUACGUCCUUGAACAAGCACAGAAAAACGCACGACAAUUUCAAGUUUACCAAGUGCGUCGUUGAUGGUUGUACGUCCGACUACGUCUUCGAAGAUAGAAACCGUUACCGAAGACACAUUCGUUACGUUCACAAAAUCAUCGACAGGAAGGCCAUUGACGAAAUUGUGGGCACCAAUGUACACAAAUGGCAGGAAAGGAAGUGCGGAAUUGAUGGUUGCAGCUCGAGAGCAACCUUUCGGAGGCCCGGCGAGUUCAGUACACAUCUUCAGACGGACAAGCAUCACGAUUUCACCGAAGAGGAGAUUGCAGAGAUUGUAGGUUGA